CCCGUGCGCGCUCGCAAAGGUCAAAACCUUUUUCCCAGACCAAACCCACCCUCGCACCAACCCCAAAAUGGCGGCGGCCACGACGGCAUCUCCGGCCACCGCGCCGCCCUCCUCCUUCCCCUCCACCACCCGCAAGUCCCCCCUCCCGAUCCUCCGCCUCCCCAGAAAGCUCAAGCUCCCCGCCGCCUCACUCUCCUCCGACCCGUCCCCAGCCUUCCAGUCCGUCACGGCGUUCGCGCCGGCCACGGUGGCCAACCUGGGCCCGGGCUUCGACUUCCUCGGCUGCGCGGUGGCCGACGCCGCCCUCUCCCUCGGCGACACCGUCACCGCCACCCUCGACCCCUCCCUGCCCCCGGGCACCGUCGCCAUCUCCGCCGUCACCUCCCCCGCCCGCCCCCACCUGGCCGCCCGCCUCUCCCGCGACCCGCUCCGCAACUGCGCGGGCAUCGCCGCCGCCGCCGCGCUGCGCGCCCUCGGCGUGCGCUCCCACGCCGUCUCCCUCGCGCUCGCCAAGGGCCUGCCCCUCGGCUCCGGCCUCGGCUCCUCCGCCGCCUCCGCCGCCGCCGCCGCCAAGGCCGUCGACGCGCUCUUCGGCUCCCUGCUCUCCCCGCACGACCUCGUCCUCGCCGGCCUCGAGUCCGAGAAGGCCGUCAGCGGCUUCCACGCCGACAACAUCGCGCCCGCCAUCCAGGGCGGCUUCGUCCUCGUCCGGAGCUACGACCCCUUCACCCUCGUCCAGCUCCCCUGCCCGCCGGCGCUGCGCCUCUGCUUCGUCCUCGUCACGCCCGACUUCGAGGCGCCCACCGCCAAGAUGCGCGCCGCGCUGCCCAAGAAGAUCGACAUCGGCCACCACGUCCGCAACUCCAGCCAGGCCGCCGCGCUCGUCGCCGCCGUGCUGCAGGGCGACGCCGCCGGCAUCGGCUCCGCCAUGUCGUCCGACGGCAUCGUCGAGCCCACCAGGGCGCCGCUCAUACCCGGCAUGGUCGCGGUCAAGGCUGCCGCUCUGGAGGCCGGAGCGCUGGGAUGCACCAUCAGCGGAGCCGGCCCGACCGCCGUGGCUGUCAUCGAGGGGGAGGAGAAGGGGGAGGAGAUUGCCCGGAGGAUGGUCGACGCCUUCUGGUCGGCGGGGAAGCUGAAAGCGACGGCCACCAUCGCCCAGCUUGAUAGAGCAGGUGCCAGGGUUAUCUCCACGUCUAGAUUGCUGGAGUAGAAAGAAUUUUUGGUGGCCUUGUACCCAUUUAUGUAUUGGGCUGACGGUGUGUACCAGCCCUUUCCUUUCCUGUGUUUUCGGAGUUAGUAGCAAACUGCUGGGCUUGUGCCUGCAUUGAUCGCAAUAAGUUGGUGCAAUGUAGUUGAAGACAAAGCCAUUUGGUAUGGUCCUUGACAGAAUAAAUUUUCAUGUUCGAUUAAUAAUAUGUGCCCAAUCUUGGGCUGAUGUAAUUUUUCCCAUUCGAUUAAUAAAAUAUAGUUGAUUUGA